CGCUCCAGUUCCGAUUUCAGCCACCCUGUCACUCUCUCACUAAACCAGGCGAGGUUUGCUUCUCUCCCCCUCUCUCUCUGAUUCGUUGAUUCUUCGUCCUUAGCCGAUUGAGCUCUUUAUCUUUCUCUCAAUUUUGUUUGAUUUAUGAUGAAAAUCGUGGGUUAGCUUUAAUUUUGUCUGAAUUCUGCCUUGAAUGGUUUUCAUUUUUAGGGUUUAUCAAGAAAAUUUUCCCCAAUUUAGAAUUUAAUUUGAUCGUGGCAUCCUUUAAUCUUUCCAGUGUUUUUGAGUUGGGUUAAUUUUAGAUUGGCAGGUUAAUCGAUGCAUUCAAUUCUACAUUGUUAUCAGGGAGUUUUGGUUUCAAGUUUAUAUUUUUGCUCUAAUUUGCUGCUUUUCCAAGCGUCAUUGUUAAUUUUUGUCCAGAAUUUGAUAUUAGCAACCCAAAUUCAUUGGAGAAAUAUCCGGAAAGAUUAUUGUUCCAAGCACUUGAAUUGGCCUGCAUUUUUCAAGUAUUUGAACUCUUGGAUUUUGCUGCUUAUCAGCAAAUCAACAUUGGUGCUCCUCCACGCCUAAGCUGCUAGCUCACUAUUCUUGUUUUCGAAUCUGUUGGUGAGAGUCAGUUUUCAAGUAUUUGAACUCUUGGAUUUUGCUGCUUAUGCAGAGCUGAAAACAAGGGAAAGGGAAGCCCCGUAGCAUUAGCAAAUCAACAUUGGGAGAGUCGGUUUUCUUUUGAUUAGUUCUAGCUCUGCUACGAGCCUUACCCGUUUAGCUUAUGUGGUAUUGCUGUUUUUUGUCGUCAAAUAUUUAAUUUCUUCAAUUUCUUGUUGGUAGGAUAUUUGAAGAAACAAGUGAAUCACAAAAUGCUGCAACCCCAAAUUGUUCAAUCCCCAGCUAGGCUAGCCCUAGCAAACCCCACUUCGCCCUCUCUUCCGAACCCUACGCCUCCAAAAGUCCCUUCACUGCCGCAACCCAAUCUCUCCCCAACCCUUGUCUCCCUCCUCCCGCCGCUCCCUAGAGCCCAAUCCCUUCUCGUCCAAAUGGCCUCCCUUGCCUCUAAACUCUUCCAAGUCUCUCCCAAUCGGUCACUCUGGCUCAACGCAUUUCGGGGGUCCUUCCCGACUUUUCUUCAAACUCAGUCACUUCCCCCAACUGCGCUUGAAUCUUCUCCUUCCUCCACCAAAGAGAUGCUCUCCCAAUUCACUGCCCUGCAAACCCAACUCUUUGAGGCUGAACUCCAAGAAAUUCUUCAUCUUCAGGAUGCUAAGCUGAAAAUUGCAUGCGAAGUGAAGUCCAAGGAUGCUGCACUUCUGUCCUUUUACAAGAAACUCAGGGAUGUUGAGCAGGUCCUUGAUAAUCUUGUUGAUGAUUACUCUGAUUUUACCCGCCCCAAACGGACAAAACAGGAGGAUGGUGCAGAUGAUGAUUCUUUGUGCACCACUACGGUUUCAUCUCAAUUGAAUUUGUCAAAUAUACUGUCGUAUGCCCACCGGAUAAGCUACACAACCUUUGCACCUCCAGAAUUUGGGGCUGGACAAGCUCCUCUUCGUGGGGUACUCCCACCUGCCCCACAGGACGAGCAAAUGCGCGCUUCUCAGCUGUAUGCUUUUGCAAAUCUUGAUGUGGGCUCUAAAACAGUCGAGGGGAAGGAGGAAACGAUGCAGGCAAUGUUGGAGCCCACGCCUCCUGAACCAACAAAUCAACUUCCCAACCUGGGUGCACUCCAAGGUCUGCUUCCUCCCAACAUCACAGUCCCAUCAGGUUGGAAGCCGGGGAUGCCUGUGGAAUUGCCAACCGAAUUUCCUGUGCCCCCGCCCGGAUGGAAGCCUGGGGACCCUGUGCCUCUUCCCGUUCCUAGGGUCGAGGACCAACAAUUACGGCCUAAUGCUCAUCCAGCAGUACAUAAACCACCAGCAACGAUACAGGUCCAGCAUGUUGAGCUGGAUAUUCUGGAUCCAGACGACGAUAGUGAUUAUAGCACUGAAGAUGGAAGCUCUGACGACGAUGAGUAACAGCGAGCUACUACUGCGACGCUGGAGUUUUACGGGAAUCCUUUACUGUCGCAUGAAGCCGCUUGGAUAGCAAAUUUGUUUCAAGUUGCUAAUUUUUGGUGUUUAAGCUUUAAAACUCAAAUAGCAAACUUGUUAGUCGCGUGAAGCAGAUUGCAACAUGAAUAAUUACUUAGAGCACAA